AUGUGGCUACCGCCCCGUGGUAUGACAUCUUGUCGAGGUCACUGUUCAGGAGAGGAGCAGCAUGGCGUCAUUCAUGGAUUGAAAGGGAAUGCGCCUUCUGAAAAAGCUGAAACACUCAGCACCCCAACCGAGAACUCCUCUCCUGAAGGCGUUGGGCGCACCACAAAGUACCGUUCGAUUUCUUCCUCGGACUCGCGAGACACCACAGGCCUCGCCAUUGUCAGUGCAGACGAGGAUGUUCUUCUCGUCCGACCGAAACUGCGGGGGAAGAUUCAUCUGGGGCUAUUGCUGCUCUCUCCCGUCUGGGUUGUUCUGAUGCUGAGCGCAUGCAAGAGCGUUGUCAGCAUCAUAGCUGCUGUGGUCAGCUGCCUAUCCUUUCUUGCAAAUUUUACCGCCAGCGCCAUUCUGCACAGCGGUAUUUGGGGCCCGCAAUGGCGUUCACUCGUUGUUAAGCUAGAUCAUGCAGGUAUCUUUGUCGUUAUAAGCAGCUGCACGACCCCCAUCCCCAUGCUGCUUCUCGACUUUUGGCCGUCGGUCCUUCUGCUUUCCGUACAGGGAAUGGCUACUCUUUACGGGUUCUGGAUCAUUUUGUUUGGUGAUCUUUCCUCCGGUGCCAGGCAACGGCGGGCAUUUACGUACAUAGCAAUUGGGUUGCUACACGCUGUAUUCCUGAAGGCGUAUAUCAGCGUUCUAACAGCAAAGGAAAUUGCGCUUGUGCUCUCCCUCGCGGGAUUCUACAUUGUUGGAGCCUUGGUGUACGGCAGUCGGUGGCCCGACCCAUGCCCAACACAUUUUGGAUUCCACGAGCUUUUCCACCUGUUCUGCUGCUUCAGCUUCUUACUUACGCUUUGGCUUAAUUAUGAAGUCAUCACACGCGCAGAGCUGGAGGCGCAAACAACAGGGGUCUCGCAACCAUCGAAUUCCUGA